CUAUUUUAAGGCGAUUGGUUCGACAAAUACGUCAAAAACUGUCUUUCGCUACAUGUAUAACAGUAAUCAGUUAGUUUGGAAAAUACAUGGCUGAGAUUUACUCAGAUACAAACUGCGAACUUUUAAAGUUCUUAGUGUUCUAUCAAGGUUAACUGUUCUGAAGGAAAAAAAUAUAUGAUGUAAUGUUUUUAUUUUCCAGAAUGACAGUCGACGAUUGACGUAGCUCGUAAAAUACUCCUUUACAAUGCCAGCUGAGGAAGGACGUAUUGCUCGCAAAUCCACGGUCUCUAAACAAAAUCGAAAACAAGUUCGCAGUGUACUAAAAAGCGAGAAGGUACUUCAUCGAUCAACAAGAAAACAGGUUGUAGAAGUAAUUACUCCACCUAUCUCUGCAAGGCUUAGAAGUGCUGGUACACGACAAGCAUUUGAAGAAACAAAUGUUAAGUUGGAUAACCUCCUUUUGAAACCGAAAGGUCGUAAAUCUGUUGCUCAUGUAAAUCAAAUAAAGCAGAAUGGUACACAUCUUGCUUUAAUUGUCGAAAGUAAUGGAAUACCUGAUGUAUUGAACAACCAUAAUCCGUCCACUGGUCCCUCGCAGAAUGGGACAGAAAAUAAAGUCUCAGAAACUCCUGUUCUACAACCCAUGACAAGCUCACGUUUUUGUAGCACCAUGUAGCAAUAUUCAUGUUUUUGUCCAGCUUUUGUAUACUUGUAUUUUAUUUUUAACAAAAUAUAUUUGUAUUUCAUU